CAGCGCCUGCGCUCGCGCCUGCGCAGAAGCCUUCGGUGCGCCUUAGGCGUUCUCGUUCUCGAGGGGUCACAAGGAAAAUGCUGUAAUCAAACAACACUGGAAGUCCGCAAGGAUUACAAUGAAGUCCGUAUACUGUGCCGUCGCCCUUUUGUUGUUAUUUUGUGGCGUAUUGAAAGUGACUGCAGUGCUGCCUAGUCCCGCGAACCUCACCCUCGACACUCUGAACACACAGUAUGUCUUGAGGUGGACCUGUCCCCACGAUACCUUGGAGAACUGGAGUGUCACGUUCACGGCUCAGUACAUCUCGAAAUAUAAAUUGCCCCAGAAGUCUCCCACCUGGCUCACGGCAUGUGAGAAUACCACAGACACUUGGUGUGACUUCACCGGCCGUAACCUGCAUUACCAUGGGAUGUAUGUGCUCCGGGUCAGAACCAACAGCGGCACAGAGAGAUCCCAGUGGGAAGUGAAGGAUUUCUGCCCUGAUAAAGAUGCUGCCUUGGGCCCACCCUCCAGAGUGGAGUUGGCGGUGGAGAGCUCUGUCCUGACAGUGAUGAUCUAUGACCCCAUGACGAGCAGGAACGCUUCAAUGAAGGAUGAUGUCUACGGCCUGUACUUCAGCAUACAGUACUGGAAAGACUCUGACCAGAAAAAGGACUACAAAUACCAAAAUGCAACGCUGAACUUGGUGUCCCUCUCAGACCUGGAGCCCUGGACCAUGUAUUGUUUGAGAGUUCAGUCACGUGAGGGCUACAGCAACAAAGCCAGCGUCUUCAGCGCCACCCAGUGCCGGCAAACCAGCGGUCAGUCGACAGUCUGGCACUUCAUGCUGCCUUUCCUGGUCUCCAUGCUGGUCUGCUUUCUCACUGUGCUGCUGAUUGCCUUUGUAAUCCUGAAGUCCUACUGGGUGGUGAAGAGGACAUUCUUCCCCUCCUGCCAGGUCCCAUCCAGCCUACUAGAGUACCUGCACGACUCCCCCUCCAGCUCCGGGCAGCCCUCCCUGCUGACUUUAGAAUCUGAAGAGAUCUGCCUGAGAAAGCUGGAGGUAUCUCCAGUGAUGGCAUCUUUGGAGGUCCACGCCGACAUGGAGCCCACCACUUUGCAGGCCGACGUGUCUUGGCAUGGACGUCAGGACAGCGGGGACAGCGGCCUUUACUCCGUAGAAGAGCAUCUGGCCAUGCUGCCGGAGGCACAGGAAGCUGGGAUGAUGGUGAACAUGGGGGCAGACUUGGAGGAUGAGAUGUCAGCGGCGCCCCCUGGAAUACAAUGUUGGAACACCACUGGAACACUGGAUUCACUGGAUAAAAAACUGGUCAGAUACAUUUUGGAGAUAAGACGAUGGUGGCGGCAGUCAUGGCUAAUAAAAAUGAAUGAAAAGAAAAACAAGUUUCUUGGCAGGAAUGUCGACAUGCUGGCAAACCUCCUCCUUUGUCCGGUUUUCUUCUCCGCCUGCACCGUUGCGAUGGCAGUCCCCAUGCCCCAGAAUGUGAGGGUGGAGGCUGUGAAUGACCGCUACAUGCUUAAGUGGGAGUGGGACGACAUGUGGACCAGAGGCUCCUCCAAGUUCACCACAGAUUACUCCCUCUCCACCAAAUCAGACUACACUGUGGUGUGCAACCAGACCACAGAGCACCUCUGUGACUACACCCCCAUCAAGCUGCAUUACUUUGCGUAUUACUUGCUACGGGUACGCGCAGAGGGACCAGCAGGGAUCUCCAACUGGUCCCAGUGUCUCUUCAGCCCCGAAGAGAACGCCUCAUUGGGACCCCCCUCCCGCGUGGACGUCAUAAGUGGCAACUCCAGCCUGACGGUUCAAAUCACGGAGUCACUGACCACCCAGAAUAAAUCCAUGAGCUCCAUUCUACAGGCCAUAUGCUUUGAAGUUAAGUACUGGGAAGAACAGGCACCAAAGCAGGGAGUGGGGCGAGGGUCCUCGCAGAUGGGGGAGACCGGGAGUGCGGUGAGGAUCCCUGCGGCUGGGGGAGACGGGGAGUGCGGCAAGGAUCCCUGCGGCUGUAGGAGUGCAGUGAGGGUCCCCGCGGCUGGGGGAGACGGGGAGUGCGGCCAGGAUCCCUGUGGCUGGGAGAGCACAGUUUACAGCAAGCAUCCUAUUAUUCUGCUGUCUCCGCUGAAACCCUGGACGAUGUACUGCUUGCAGGUCCGUGCAUUCAACGAUCGUUUUGUGAAGACCAGUCCCUUAACGGCUACACAGUGUGUGCUCACUCAAGGCCACAGUCGUCUCUGGCUUGUCUUUCUCAUCCUCAUUAUCUGUGUCCUGCUGCUCAUGGCGCUGCUCUACUGGAACCGAAGAGAUUUGAAAGAACUUUGUUCAGGCUAUUAUAUUCCCAUGAGCUUGCAGGGUCCCCAUCUGCCCCCCCUACCCAUUUUACAGCUGUCCAAUGAGAGCUGCGGCACCCUGGACUCGGUGGAGACGGUCUGCCUGUGCCACCCAGAAGAGGAGUCCCAGGAAUCGCAUUCUCUCAUCUGGCAGCAGAGCGGGAGGAACGAUUCGGGCAUCUCCUCAAUGGCGUCCACCUGAAGGAGUAGCAGGGAGACCGGCUAGGGGCAGCCAGUUCCCCCAGGCAGACUGUCCCAUGGAUCUUUAUUUAUAGUGAGGAGCAGCACAAUCCCAUCUUGACUGCACUGCCAGCUGAUUGGCCAGAGCGCUCCACAGCACCGUGAUGUCACCGCACUCUACAGUCAUGUCAGGCCGCUCACCCCUGCCAGAUUUCUGCAGAACUGGUCUCUGACCGUCUAGAAAGUUCUUCCACAUUACUGUAAUUGUUUUUCAAGGCAGUCCCAACUUGCUAUGAUCAGGUUCAGAUGACAGUGCAGUAGACUUGGUGAGUCCUGAAUGCCAAAAAAACAGCUUUUAGCCGGCGGCAGGUGGCAGUCAAGAGGCGAACCUGAGAUACUUGAGGAUAGAAAGUGUUGUGAACUGAGUAAAUGACUCCAUCCAUCCAUCUUCCAAUCACUUUUCCAGGAUAGGGUUCCAGUGAUUCCUGAACCUAUCCCAGGUGCCAUAGUGAACAAAUUAGGGGACAUCAGGGGGCAGGAUGCCGCUCCAAACGGCAGAGCACACACAUGUGCGUCAGUCACAAACUAUAGACGAUCUGGAGAAAACAUUCCCACCUCUGUUAUAGGCUCCAGCCCCACCUGUGGUUGGAAUAUGAAUGAAAGCUGAACUGACAAUAGGUUAACAUAGUUUGAUUUUUAUCCUUUUUAACAAGCCAUUAAUAUUUUGAGGAGGUAAAGCGUCCCAAGUCGCUGUCGUUAUACUAACCACUGUUUUCUUAUUUCUGAGCUAUAUUCGUCUUUCCAGCAUUCUCCUUUUUCGUACACUGUAACGUGACUCACGGGCCCCAGCGCGACUUCAAAGAUCCCGUGUGACCACAGAGGUGAAAGGAGUCACGGUAACGCAGCUGCAUGUGCAGAGGACAUGCGGGAAGCUUACUCCCGCAACGCCCCGCGUGUUAGCUUAAAAACAGAAGGAUAGCAUUUUCAAAAAUAAAAAAAUCAAGCUGUGAAGCUUGAUUCUCAUUCUAGAAAACAGCUGUCAAAGACAGCAGAGUCACAUCACUGAGGGCCCCUUGGUCAAGGCCCUUAACCCCAAAAAUGGCUUUGGGAGGCCAGACAAAUAGCUACAGUAUUCAGUCUUUCAGUCUCACCUGUGAAAACUGAGCAUUUCAGUUUGUACAAAUAAAGUCUCAUCAUACUGUGAUGCAUAACCGGUGUGCUAUCAUCUGAUUGGCUGGUUGCACAUCCAUUAUUUUACAUGUGUGGCCUGCAUUGUGUUCUGUGUGUUUCACUUGUGUGUCGGUAUUUUAUUCUCUUCCAUAAACAUGUCUAAUGUAAAACUUUCCAAACGUGCUUUUACAUCAAUUACAUUUCAAUGGCAACAUGUUCAUAAAUUAAAGCUGGUGUUUAGAACUGCAUAUUACAUUUGCAUGAUUUUACAAGCUGAAAAUUGAUUUUCCAUGUCAGCAGACAUGGUAGUAUAUGUAGUAUACUGUUAUGCACAGUGCCUAUAUUUCAAAAUACAGCAGUAUUUACGGUGCAUUCAGAAAAUAUUCAGACCCCUUUUAUGUUGCAGCAUUAUGCUAAAAUUAUUUAAAUUUAUUUGCAUUUGUCAAUCUACAUUCUGCAAUCUAUACUGACAAGGAAAAUAAGAUUUUAGAAUUUUUUGCAAAUGUAUUAAUUAAAAAAACUGAUACAUCACACUGACAUACUGUAGGUAUUUAGACCUUUUACUCGGGACAGUUGAAACACCUUUACAGUAUUGCAGCCUUCUUGGGUAUGACAUGACAAUUGGACUAGGCGAUAUGACCUGAAAACAAUAUCACGAUUAACUGAACCUCGAUUACGUUUAAUGAACAAUUGUUUUUGUUUGUUUUUUUGCCUUCAUAUUUCGUUGACAAUGUUUGUACUGUAAAUAUGCUCAUCUAUUAAAGCUGGGAUAUUUUUCUAA